UCUGCUCUGCUAUUGGGUCAAAGAACACACGCCUGUUAUGAAAACACCUGAACUCGUACUUCUCUGACAGGUGUUAUUUUGACUCAAUUUUGUGAGCGUCCUUUAAUAUAUUGUUUACUGUCCUUUCUUUUUCGGUUCUGCGCGUGCAUGUACAUACAAGCGUGGCAAGUAUUUUAUUGUUGUGAUCGUGGACGCGCUGUGUGAUGAGGCUGCAGAGGUGGGCUGAGUUUGCAGUGAUCAGUAGCAGAUCUCUCCUCCUCUUUCUGCCGGGGGAAAAACACGUGUGUAGCAGCAGCAGGAGCAGGCGAUACCACGGCACUCUCAUGGCUGAAGAGGCCAAAAAACUGGCAGCUUAUGCUGCUGUAGACAACCACAUACAGAACAAUCAGGUAGUUGGGGUGGGUAGUGGCUCGACUAUCGUCUAUGCUGUGGACAGGCUGGCUGAGAGGGUAAGAGAGGAGAAGCUGAACAUUGUGUGUGUUCCCACGUCCUUCCAGGCCCGUCAGCUGAUUCUGCAGCAUGGUCUCCCUCUUUCUGAUUUAGACAGACAUCCUGAGCUGGAUGUAGCAAUUGACGGAGCUGAUGAAGUUGAUGCUGCUUUGACUCUGAUUAAAGGAGGAGGAGGAUGCUUAACCCAGGAGAAGAUUGUGGCUGGUUGUGCCAAACACUUCAUUGUCAUCGCAGACUAUAGAAAGGACUCAAAGGCUCUGGGACAGCAGUGGAAGAAAGGGGUGCCGGUGGAGGUCAUCCCCAUGGCGUAUGUGCCCGUGUCCAGAGCCAUUGCCCGGCGCUUUGGAGGAGAGGCAGUGCUGAGGAUGGCAGUCAGUAAAGCUGGUCCAGUGGUUACUGAUAACAGCAACUUCAUUCUGGAUUGGAAGUUUGAGCAUGCUCAGAACUGGAAAGAGGUCAACACGGCCAUUAAGAUGAUCCCAGGUGUGGUUGAGACGGGCUUGUUUGUGGGGAUGGCUGAGCGGGUGUACUUCGGUAUGGAGGACGGAAGUGUCAAGACUAGAGACCCUCCUGUCAACUGAGAAGAUCCUUCCUCUGCUCUUGUGAUAGACCU